AGCUGUAAACUGGGCGAGUCCACGUCCAUUAGCCUGUAUCCAUUUGUCCAUUUAUUGUUUGUGGACAAAGAGUGACCAUGUCCAUUAGAACCAUGUCCAUUAAGAACCAUAUCCACUAAAACCCAUAUUUUUAUGGGCUGCCAUAUAGAGUCCAUAAUAGACCAUAUAAGAAAACUUUAGAUUUUAAUUUAUAAGCCUAUAAUUAUAUAUACAAGUUCAUAAAAUUAAAAUUAAUCCAUAAAUACAACAAUUUUGGUUUUGGCAAAAAAACUUGAUUUUGCGGUUUUAACGGAAAAAUUCGAUUUUAAGAUUUUGGCGGGAAAACCUGAUUUUUUGGUUAUGGCGGGAAACUCCGAUUUUGCGGUUUUGGUAGGAAAACUCGAUUUUGCAGUUUUGACGGGAAAAUCGAUUUUGCGGUUUUGGCCGGAAAACCCGAUUUUAUGGUUUUGGCGGGAAAACCUGAUUUUACGGUUUUGGCGGGAAAACCCGAUUUUACGGUUUUGGCGGGAAAACCCGAUUUUUCGGUUUUGGCGGGAAACCCCGAUUUUAUGGUUUUGGCGGGAUAACCCGAUUUUACGGUUUUGGCGGGAAAACUCGAUUUUCCGGUUUUGGCGGGAAAACCCGAUUUCUCAGUUUUGGCAAGAAAACUUGAUUUUACGGUUUUGGCGAUUUUACGGUUUUAGCGGAAAACUCGAUUUUCCGAUUUUGGCGUGAAAACUAGAUUUCCCGGUUUUGGCGGAAAAAUCCGAUUUCUCUGUUUUGGCGGGAAAACUCGAUUUCUCAGUUUCGGUGGGAAAACCCGAUUUUACGGUUUUAGCGGAAAACUCAAUUUCUCGAUUUUGGCAGGAAAACUCGAUUUUUCCGGUUUUGGCGGAAAAAUUCGAUUUCUCGGUUUUGGCGGGAAAAUCCAAUUUCUCAAUUUUCGCGGAAAACCCCGAUUUUACAGUUUGUGCGAUUUUACGAUUUUGACAGAGAAAAUUCAUUUUUCCGAUUUUGGCGAAAAAACCCGAUUUCUCGGUUUUGGUAGAAAAACUCAAUUUUUUUUUAAACCCUAAAUUUUUUUUGUCCACUGGACAACCCAUGUCCAUGAAACCCAAAACCCGUAAAGACCAUUUUUUAAAUGGUCAUCCAUAUUUUGUCCAUUAAUAACCCAUGGAAAAAAUGGGUGUGUCCAUAUUAAGUCCAUUUAAAUAUGGACGUGGACGACCAAUGGACGACCCGCCCAUUUGACACCUAUACACCCACGGAUUGACAUUUAUAAAACAUAAAAACUCCUUUAGGCUCUUUGACCCUUUUAUAAGAGAACGAAACUAUUAUUCUCUAACGUCCAUCGGUGUAUACAUCCUUUUCUGAGUUACCAACUAGACAUGGGAAGAUUACCUUGCUGUGACAAGAAUGGUGUGAAGAAAGGUCCAUGGACUCCUGAGGAGGAUCAGAAACUCAUCGACUAUAUACGAGUUCAUGGUCCCGGCAACUGGCGCAUUCUCCCUAAAAAUGCUGGACUCCAGAGGUGUGGAAAAAGCUGUCGUCUUCGAUGGACUAAUUAUCUAAGACCGGACAUCAAGAGAGGAAGAUUCUCCUUCGAGGAAGAAGAAACUAUCAUUCAGCUACACAGUGUUAUGGGAAACAAGUGGUCCGCAAUAGCAGCUCGUCUACCAGGAAGGACUGACAACGAAAUUAAAAACCAUUGGAACACUCACAUCCGCAAGCGGCUUGUAAGGAGUGGCAUCGACCCUGUAACUCACUCCCCGCGUCUUGAUCUUCUUGAUUUGUCCUCACUUCUAGCCGCGAUUUUAAACCAACCAAACUUUUCAUCAGUAGCAUCACAUGCAUCGUCUCUGCUUAAUCCUGAUGUAUUGAGGUUGGCUUCUCUUCUCUUGCCCCCUCAACAACCACUUCCAAACCCUAAUACACUUUACGCAUCGAACCUCGACCAAAAUCUUCAAACUCCAAACACAUCAGUAUCGUCUCAAGACACUCAACCACAAGCCGAGUGUACAACUCCAACAAAGGACGAAACUUCAUAUUUUGAGCCUGUGAACGCAAGACUCGAGGUCGGUCCUUCAGAUGUAUUACCACCUCUGUCAGAGAGUUUGGACUUAGACUCUCUCAUGUCAACGCCAAAUUAUUCUCCACAGCAAAAUAACAUUGAAGCAGAAGCCAACUACUCCAGCAGUUUAUUCGACUUUGGGUUUCCGGAUAAUCUUACCUUUGAUGGCUUUAUGGGGCUACUUUAAUUAUCAACAUAUGCAUAUCUCCCACCUAUGAUUCAUGUUUUGUUGCAUUCUUUUUAUGGUU